AUGAAAGAAUUGUUUGACGUACUUGAAGCUUACUUUACUAAUCCAACAGGGGAUAAUCUGAUAGAUGAGAAGGUAUGGAAGCUUCUUAUUGACAUUGCAGACAACGAUGAGAAGCACAUUUACUUAUUUUACGACAUUUUAAAUAAAUUCGCAUCAAUAUCCACAAAAUUCACAACAGAAUCAUAUCCAUGCAUUACAGAUAAAGUUACUGCACUGCAAAAUCAACAAAAUUCAUUCGAAGAAAAAUUAAAAAUUGCAAAAUCUCUUUGCUUAACAUUCCAAUACAUUAAGUCAGAUGUUGCAACAGAGAUUUUGAAGCAAAUUACAGAGCUUGCAUCAAUUGAAUUGAACAACGGAGCUAAAGUUCCAGAAAAGGUUGUGUCUCUGGUAGAUUUAAUUAAAGCUGAUGAUGUAAUGAACGAGACAUUAACAUUAUACUUCGAUUAUGUCAAUACAACACAAACAACCGCUUCAAUUUUCGUUUUUGCACCACUUGCAAUCACAAUUUUACAAAUGGUACCUUCUUCAUAUGAUGCAACACCAGAAAUCAUUCAAAAACUACUUAAUGGUGAUGACUCAUCGAUUAUUUCAGCUUUAUUCUUAGUUGAUAGAAUAUCAGAUUAUAAUUACACGUCUGAAGUGUUUGAAAACAUAUUACCAUUCUUAACAUACAAUAAUGAUGAUAUCUGCAGACUCGCAAGUAGAGCAACUCGUUCUUUAGUUGGAUCUGGAAUUUUUGAUUCGAAUUUCAUCAUUCCAGCAGCAAUGGACAUGUUAGAAGAGUACAAACCAUCGAAUGUUCGCUAUUUCGCUAAGCUUGUCAACAAAAUCAUCGAAAUGGAUGAAGAUUUUCCAGAUUUACUUGCAGAUACGUUCCUAAAUUCAAUAGAAAGCUUUGUCAAGCAUCCAGAAGGCAAUUUCAAGGCAGCCUACAUCGAUAUCUUCUGCACAAUCGCUUCAAGAUGUCCAAAUUCAGCAACUGCAAAAUCAAAUUUGGCCCACGAAGCUGCAAAAGAGUUAUUGAAUACCCCAGACUAUAUAGAUAUCAUUGGUGCUUACGUUAUCGCUGUAAUUAAAUGCAUUCCUCAGUUUAUUGAAGAUAUCUCAAAAAAUUUCCUUCCAAAGUUAAUUUCCUACCUCGAUUCCGAUGUUUCCAUCAAACUUAAGCUCAAAGCCGCCGAAUCCCUUGCUGUUUCCGCCAAAGAAAGCAAAUUAUCUCCAGAUAAUUUUGAAAUUCUUUUCCAAUUUGUUCUGAAUUCGCUCAAAAUAGUAUCAGGAACCAAGGUUUUCUAUGCCUGUUCACCUGUUUCAGAGAUUUUAUCCAUUCUCUCUGAAAACCAAGCAAAACAAGCAUUUAAUGGCCUUAGAAACCUUGUUUUACGUGAAAGUGGCUGCAAUGAAACAGAUGCUGUUUACAGUGUCAUGAGUCUUUUCUUCGAAAACAACAAAGUUCCAAGUAGUUUUGUUUUCGAUUCAGUCAAAGACAUCAUUUCAGGAAACAUUGGAUAUUUGAGUGGAAUUUCUCCUGUUGAAUGUCGUGAUGACACAACAACAAUCUUCCAUUAUAUCAGUGAAAGUGUUAAAUAUUAUCCAGAACUACAGAAAGAUAUAUUAACAUUUUUCCUUGCAUCAAUCAAGAUAUGCAAAGAAUAUAUCUUUCCAUCAGUUCUUGAUAUCCUUAAAGGAAUCACUUUCGAUGAUGAAACAUCUAAAUUAAUAUUUAACACACUUAUCGAAAGAGUUUCACAUCUCAAACGAAACAGCGAAGAUUGUAUUUGUUCGUCAAUGGAAGCAUUUUUCAUUUUGAUGCAGAACUCACCAAAUGUUUUCGAUGCACAAUUGACAGUUGAUGUCAUUUCAUCGAUUGUCUUUGCAGAGAGUGAAGAAGAAGAAGAGAUUCUUGAUGAAAGUUACGCAUUCGCAGCAAUGGUCAGACUUUUCUUCUCUAUUUGUUCUUCAUCUGUUCAAUUUGAUGCAAAUCACGAUCUUUUCAAUGAUUACUUGUCUCUCCUUCCUUUCGAUGAUAGUUUGGAAGGCUCGAUGAUCCCUAUUUAUGAUGCAUUGUCAGACAUCAUUGUCAAACAAGAAUAUUCAUUUGCAUCACUUAAUAUAGCACGAAUUCUCAGUGAUCCAAUCCUUCUGCCACAGAAAGAAAGAUUGGAAAUCGGCAUCGAACAGUCAUUAUAUGACAAGAUGAGAAACAGUCUUAAAACAGCUAUCAGAUCUGUUAAAGGACUGGAACGAAACCUCACUAAAGGAUGGUCUCGCUCUAAUUUGAAUAGACUUUCUUCUGCUCUUAAAUAA